CUAUCGCAUGAGGCCAGCGAAUUAUGCGCGGCAGGUAGCCCGCGCGUUUGUGAAUCAUUCUUCAACACGCGCAUUUCAGACAAGAGCACCACUGCGGGCAACUACCCGGGCGAAAAAAUCGUAUGCGGAACUUCCUGACGCGCACUUGCUCCCUGAUGGUACUGUCGCUGUUCCCCUGGACGAGUGGUGGUCGGGAACAAGCCCGCGUGAAGGCAGGGAGUCCUUGCAUUUGAACGAAACCAAACCUGAGGCUGGUCCCAGUAGCCUGGACGCGCAUCCCCCCUCUAGUUCUCCAGUGAAACGGCGAAAGAAGGUCGAAAACGAAUCUCCAGAUACAUCAGCCCCGAAGAGAACUAGGAAGAAGAUCGCCGGGCCCGUUAAUGAUGACGCAUGUUCUCAACCGACCGAAAAACACGCUAUAUCGAAUUCUACGCAACCAGAAUCCACCCCCUCCGGUCGGCGCAAAAUGAAAACAAGCACCGAAGGGAAUGACAGUGUCGAUCCGUCGGAACCCCCCGUCCGGAGAAAGAGGAAGAAGGUGUCAGAGGAUGAACCGGACCCUGAGAUCGUGUCUAAAGUUAGUCUACCCCGAGAAGUGCUUGAUAAUCUGGACCGUUUCCCGCAUUGCAUCCUGUUAACACGGGUCGGCAAAUUCUACGAGUCAUACUUCGAUCAAGCUUACGAGGUCUCCAAGUCACUGAACAUCAAGCUUGCCUUCCGCAAGUGGGGUGGAGGACAGAUUCCUUUCUGCGGGUUUCCGCUGCUGCAUCUGGACAAGUACCUCAAAGUGCUAGUGCAGCAACAGCGCAAGUUCGUUGCGUUGUGCGAGGAAUUUCCACGCUACGGGGCCCAGGGGACCGUCACUUUCGACCGGCGUGUUGCUCGUGUGGUAACACCAGGGACACUGAUUGACGAGUCGUUUCUGAACCAAUACGAGAACAACUUUUUGCUUGCUGUUGGUACGGCUGACGAGCGAGUUGGUCUCGCUUGGAUCGAUGUUUCAACGGGCGAAUUCUACUCGAAAUCAGUAGACAUCAACAAUCUGCGAGAUGAGGCUUCACGCAUCGGACCGCGAGAAAUCGUCCUCAACCGUUCGCUCGAACCGUCGAGGCUGGCCACCAUCAGAGCGCUCCUGAGCGAAGAAGAGUGUUGCGUGUCGUUGAGAGACGUUGGAACCACAGCGGCCCCCAAUGGACACGAUCUCGAGCAGACUCCCGUGGACGACGUGAUCAGCUCGGAAGAACAGCAGUCAGCCAUUCCUCUGGCCACUGACUACACUGACGAAGAGCAUUCCGCCAUUCAAGUCUUGACGGCGCAUCUGCACUCCAGUCUCCUCGAUCAUAUGCCGCAGCUUGCGAUGCCUGCUCGCGAGAACUCUGCGGCUCGCAUGCAAAUCGACUCGCAUACCAUCAGGGCACUGGAAAUCCGCGAGAGCAUUCGCGAAGGCGGCGUCACAGGAAGCCUGAUCAGCACAGUCAAGCGGACGGUGACUGGCAGCGGCACACGCUUGCUCAUGCGAUGGCUGUGUUCUCCGAGCACCUCGUUGUCAGAAAUCAACGCCCGUCAGGCUCUGGUUGCUUUCUUUCACCAGCGGGAUCACUUCCGCGCUGAUCUCACCGCUGCAUUAGCAAGUUCGGAGGAUGCCGGGCGGAUCGUGCAGCGCUUCCUGCUCGGCCGAGGCGAUGCCAACGACUUGCACGCGGUCAACUCCACAAUCGGAGUAUGGAGGAAUCUCGCCAGUCGCAUCAUGCAGGAGAGAGAUCAGGAGAUGGCAGAGACGGCCCGUCAGUCGAUGGAGUUCAAGGCCGACGAAUGGGCCAGCAUGGAUGCUCUGAUCGGAAGACUCUGCGAUCUGAGCGAGCUUUCUGCUCGGAUUACCUCUGCGUUGAAGCCGAAGGAGCCCGGGAAUCAAUCCGGAGGUCAGCAUGCAUUUGAAGGAGAUGAUGCCGAGGUCCCCGAGAGCGACGUUACGAAGCCUGCCUGGAAGUUCGGCGCCACUGGAUGGACUAUCAGACCUGAAUUCUCGGAAAAGCUCUUAUCUCUCCACACGACGCUCGAGGACCUGCUCAACCAGAGGGAGCGACUGCAAGCGGACCUGCAGCUCACAUACGAUGCUCCGUCUCUGACCUUGCGAUCAUCGCCAGCGCAUGGGAUGCACGUCCACCUGCUCAAGGCCAAGCGCGAUCGAACCAAGAUCAGUCAAGACCCGGACUUUGUCGGCAUUGCUGAGAGUGGUAGCACGAAAUGCUACUUCUAUCCGAAAUGGGCACAGCUCGGCGGGCAGAUCGUGGAGACGACGAAUGCUCUGCUCGUAGCUGAAAAAGAAGCGUUUGAAUCGCUGCGGGCCGAGGUCAACAGCCACACAGCGCAACUGCGGCGCAACGCGCGUGUCCUUGACGAGCUUGAUGUCACACUCGCGUUUGCCAGUCUCGCGAAAGAGAUGAACUUCGUGCGACCUGAUCUCAGUGCCGAGCCGGAAUACACUGUGGUGAAUGGACGGCAUCCGACUGUCGAGCUGGGCCUGCUGACGAGUGGCCGGGUGUUCACCCCAAACUCGGUCGAGCUGACAUCCACUUCACGGCUACAUAUCAUCACAGGGCCGAACAUGGCCGGGAAAUCGACUUUCCUGCGCCAAACAGCGCUGAUCGCGAUCCUCGCGCAAACCGGCUCGUUCGUUCCCGCUGACGCAGCGACCGUGGGCAUCGUCGACAAGCUGUUUUCGCGGGUCGGGGCCAAGGACGAUCUGUUCCACGACCGGAGCACGUUCAUGGUCGAGAUGCUGGAGACGGCGGAGAUUCUCUCGCGCGCCACGCCGCAGAGUCUGGUGAUCAUGGACGAAGUGGGCCGAGGGACGACAGUCACUGACGGGCUUGCUAUUGCGUUUGCGACUGUGCACCAUCUGCUUAAAACGAACCAGUGCCGGGCGCUGUUUGCGACCCACUUCCACGAACUGGCUGACAUGCUCGGGUACGCUUCGGCCGAUCCCGCGUUUGAGGGCGUGGAUUUCUUCUGCACACAGGAUGACCAUUUCGCGUACUCGUAUCGCCUGCAGCCUGGCGUGAACCGCAACAGUCACGGGAUCAAAGUAGCUCAGCUCGCUGGCAUGCCUCAACCGGCCAUUGCCGUCGCUCAAAAGUGUCUGGCCAGUUUGCACGACAGGUCGACCCGGAAUGCAUCGGAUCCGUCCGAACUGAGAUCAUUGGGCCUGGCUUUGCUCUCGCCAUCCACUUGA